AAAAGGCCAGUUGUUCAUUUUUAUUUUCCCUGGUAUUUAGCCUUAGCUCUGCUAUGGCGUCUAUGGCGAUGUAAACAAAUAUUUUUACUUCAAAGUGAUCCGGAUCUUAACCGUUUUGUGUGAUAACUUAUUCUGGUGUUCAGCGGUCAUCAGUAACCAACCAUCACAAUGAGCAUGAGUGAACAGAUGAGGUUUAUUGUUCAGGAAUUGAACAAGGAACCUUUUAGCAAAUCCUACAACUUGAUUUCCUUUGACUCUCUUGAGCCCCUUCAGCUGCUGCAGGUCUUAAAUGAUGUGUUGGCAAUCAUUGAUCCUAAGCAAAAAAUGGAUCUCCGAGAAGAAGCCCCUGAUCAGACAGCUGUAAGAAUCUUUCAGAUUUUGAGAGUUCUAAAGUAUAAACCUCCUGACCAUGUCAAUAUGAGUCAAUUCAGAGCUGGUAUAGUCCAGGGAGAGAAACCAAUUAUCUUUCCUAUUCUAGAAUGGCUACUUCAGAAAGUUCCAGAACUUCAAAAAAGAGCUUAUCUGGCUAAAUUUCUUGUUAAAAUUGACAUCCCGGCUGAAAUCAUGCAAGAUGAGGAGGUCAAUGCAAUCUAUGUCCAGUAUGAGGAGCUCAUGGAACAGUUUAAAGAGAUGCAUAAGCAGUCAGAGCAGUUGAAAAACUCAGGAUUCAAUACAGCAGAAAUUAGAAAGGACAUAACUAAUAUGGAAGAAGAGAAAGAACAGCUUAUAAAAAGGAUCGAAAGGCUCAGGAGAAAGGUGGAGUCGCAUCCUAAUUCUCAGAAGAUGAUGGCGGUAGCCAAAAAUUUACGAGUGGAACGAGACAGGGAGAAGAGAUUGGCAGCCCAGAAACAGGAACAGCAGACUAACAUAACUCAUUUAGACCAGAGAAUAAAAAGACUCGAAGCUCAACUGAGAGACAUGAGACAGGCCAGUGUCGGAGCCACUCCAAGUACUAUGAUUCAAAAAUUGGAAGAAGAAUCCAGAACUAACAGCUUCAUAGUGAAAGAGCAGCUGCCGAAGGACAUUGCUCAGAGGAAGAAGAUGAUUCAGAAUCUUCAGAAAGUUGUCUCAGUGCCAGCCAUGGGGCACUCGGACUUGGAGGAGCUUAAUGCUAAGAUCACUGAGCUGAACGCAGAAGUAAAUCAACUCAUUGAGAAGAGAAUGAAGAGUGGUGACCCAGCUGAUGAUAAACUGUCACUAUUUAGGCAACAGGCAGCAAUCAUUGCUCAUAAGAAGCAAGCUGCGGCUGAAACACUGAGAGCCAUCCGAGAUGAAUUCAACCAUGUGCAGACAGAGGUGGAACAGAAGAGGGAAGUUGUCAACACUGCCGAGGGAGCCGAGGUUCUGAAAGGGGAAGAUUUCAAGCGCUACGUCAACAAGCUUCGAAGUAAGAGUACAAUCUAUAAGAAGAAACGAGCUGAGCUUGCAGAAUUAAGAGCUGAAUCUGGAGUGCUGACACGCACUGAAGAAAUACUGAAACAACGCUGUGAUCUUAUAAAUAGACAACUGUCAGUGCUUGAGAAGAAGAAAGGCGUCGCUGGCUACAGAGAGACUCAGGAAGAGCUGGAGAAAGUCUCCACCAUCAAGAGCGAGUUUGAUGAGAUGAAAGGUCGAACACUUGAUGACAUGUCGGAGAUGGUCCGACGACUUCAUGCCGAGAUAGCUGACAGGAGAAACACCCUGGCCCCUAUACUGCGUGAGAUAAGGCCAUUGAGAGAAAAAGUCAGGGAACUAACUCCUGACUACGAUAAUAAGAAACAAGUCUACGAGAGGCAGCAGGCUGGCUAUGACAGCAACAUGAGCAAAUUAGAGCAAGAGGUGAAAGGUUACAGGGAGGAAUGCCGAGCGGAGGAAUCAAGAUAUCAUUAUUUGAAUUGCAUGAUGAAGGUUCUUCAAGUCCAGCAAGCCAGAGUAGCCAAUGAAAUGAAAGCUUAUGUGUCGUCUGAUGCACAGGAGAAAAAGAAAACUUUCAGAGAGAUUUACUCCAAGAAAAUUCAGGAGCAAGAAAACUUGAGCCGAGGUCUGCGGGAGAAACAGAAGAUGGUUAAAGACAACCAUGAGCCAAACAUGAAGCAGAUGAAGCUGUGGAAAGAUCUGGAGAGACUUUUGAUCUGCAAGAAGCAAUGUCUGGAACAGAUGAACAACAUUGGAUCCACCACUGGCGCCAACACAAUGGGGGGCUACGGCGAUCAGGCCCCCACCCUGUUGGAAAACGACAGGCUAGUGCUGUAAGCUCAACUCAACUCACAGAUGUGCAAGACAAGGCUUUUGGAAUCACUUUUCGGAAUCAUUUCCCAGACUUCAAAUGCGGUCUUGUGUUUCUGCUUGCUUGUUGACCUCGCGACCCCUUCCAUUUAAAUACGUUGCAUACACUUAGCAUACAUUGAAUGGAGAUGCGUAACUAAAUAUAGUUCUAGGUCACGUGAUUAUAAUGAUAUCCGUCUAACUUACAGUCCUAGGUAGUCUUCCCCUCGUUGACUGGAAUAUUGAAAGUACAAAUUAUAGUUUAAAUUUGAAAACCCCAAGGGUGAUUUUUGAGGGGGGGGGUCAGAAGAGUAAGUAUUUUGUAGUUGAAAUAUAUAAAAAUCUGUUUAAAAAUUUAUUAUACAUUAGUAUAUAUAUAUAUAUAUAUGAUGACUGUCUAUCAGAAAGAAACAUUCCGUCCGGUUCAACUGUUUACUACAAGAACAUUGCUCUUUAGGUGAUCGUUUAAUUUGACUUCUUAUAAAUCUGUCCAUUUUUUUUUCGACAUAAUGUUUGAAAUGUUUUCUAAGUUGAUUAAAGUUUUUCUUUUUCAAAAUU